CAAUUAUGGAGAUUGUAGAUAGACUAGCAGUUUUCCCGACAACCAGCUCGCAUACAAGUGUGAAAUGCCGUUUGACCUGCGCCCGUAGGGGUCGCGAUUUGCUUUUGAAACGGAUCGAUGGUCUCUUAAUUCGAUUUCGUGCGAUUAUGUUGCAAUUACUCAAGAGUAAAUCGCAGCUUGGCCAAGUUAUGAGAGACGCGGCCUUCUCGUUGGUCGAAGUUAAUUACGCGACAGGUGGAGUAAACGAGCUGGUCCUACAGGCGGUCGACAAGGCCAAAACCAAGAUUCGAACCAGACAGGAGAUGAUCGGUGGGAUUCGACUAUGGAUUUACGAGGCCUUCCGCAGUGGUGCCGAUCCCUUUGAAUUUACCGGAUUAGCCAGAGGCGGUCAAAAAGUGGCUAGAUUGAAGAUCAAUUAUGGAAAGGCGAUAGAUCUGCUGGUAAAACUGGCGUCAUUGCAGCGUAACUUCCAGAUCCUCGAUCGAGUAAUUAAAAUAACGAGACGUCGCGUAAACGCUCUUCGCUACAUUAUUAUACCUCGAUUAGAACGGACCCUCGCAUACAUCGUCACCGAACUCGAUGAGUACGAGCGAGAAGAAUUCUAUCGUCUUAAGAAGAUACGAGAGCGGAAAACGAAGCGACGUGAUAGACAGUCCUCUUACGAUUUCAUUCGGAGCGCCAAUGUCCUAGAUGACACGGACGAGGAUCUUCUCUUUUAA